AUAUGUUCCCUAUCCGGAGCGCCAAAUUGAUCUCUUCCUAUCAAUAAAACCCUCAGCAGCAUAAACAGAGAAAAUUAACUAAUUCCAAAGAGCAAGGGCAAUGUGGAGGAAAGUGUUAACAGUGCGGCAGCCAAUAUGGCGCAUGAUAUCAACUCGAAGAAGCUCCACCACGAACAACAUGUCCUCCGCCGUAGAUUCCAUGUUGCUCCGCUCCCUUAAAGACCACUAUCUCGAAGUUGCCAAAAUGAACCCUCCUCCUAAAGUGAGCCCUCCAUCAGCCUUUACAAUACUGAAAGGGGCAUUAGAUGGAAAUGGGCCCGUUCUCACUCGAACUUAUGGGAAUGAAGAGAUUAAUAUCUCUGUUAUGAGGCUGGCAAAUAUUAUACCUGGUGGAGGGGGAGAGGAUGAUGAUGAUGGUGGCAUUAAUCAGUUGUUCCUUCAUGUGGAUGUCUCAAAGCCUGGAGAACAAAAAUCGUUGCAUUUUCUUUGUGGGUUGUAUCCAGAUGCGCUCGGCAUUCACUCUGUUUCAAUGAGGUCUAAAAUUGAUGACUCAGGCUUUCUUGAGGUUCCAUCUGCAUAUAAUGGCCCUCUUUUCGAGGAACUUGAUGAGAGGAUGAGAGAUGCACUCCAUAGUUACAUAGAAGAACGAGGUGUGAAUGAGGGUCUCUUUAAUUUUCUUCAAGCAUGGCUGUAUGUGAAGGAUCACCGAAAUCUUAUGCGGUGGUUUAAGACGGUGGGCACAUUCAUUAAUGAGAAUAAAUCAGCUAACACUUCUUAGUAAUGCAAUGAGGUAGGCUUGUAAAAAGAUUUAUUUGAGAGCAAAAAUGUUUUGAUGCUUCAAAGUUUGUGGCCCUUAUUCUAUAUGACUAGCUUCGAGGUGAGUACUAUAGAUUUAGAUUAUGUAGAAUUCCAAAGUCUGCUAAAUCAUGCAUGCGGAUGUUGUGUUCUAUCGCUGUUUUCAAUUUAUAAAUACUAUUGUUCCAUUCCGUUA